UAAACCCACUUAGACACGGGGAGAACAUGCAACCUCCACACAGAAAGGACCUGGACCACCCCACCUGGUGAUCGAACCCAGAACCUUCUUGCUGUGAGGCAACAGUGCUACCCACUUAGCCACCGUGCCGCCCUACAUAUGUGCUGGUGAUGGCGAUGGCAUCCAGGCGUGUGGAGGUUUUGGCUCUGUAUCGACAGGUUCUCCGUAUCGCCCGCAGCUGGCAGGCUCACUCCGGCCUGCAGCAGGACACAGAGACCGAGCGGAAGUACAUCACACAGGAAGCUCACUCACUCUUUAGACAAAACCAACAUCUGACUGAUCCAGAGCAGGUCAGUAAGUGUGUGGCGGAAUGUGAAGCGAGAAUAGAAAUCGGGCUACAUUACAGGAAUCCAUAUCCCAGACCUUUGUAUCUUCCACCGAUGGGUUUAGCAACACAGAAAGGCAGGAGGCUGCGAGCUCAACAGAGACUGAGGAAACAAGCCAAACCUGUGUACUUACAAUCCCAUGAUGAGACAUAACACACACACACACACACACACACACUGACCAACAAUGCAUUUAUUCUCAUUUAUUUUGUACUUUUGCUGCACACAAUCUGUCUGUGUACGAUGUUGUGUGUGUACAAUGUUGUGUGUGUACGAUGUUGUGUGUGUACGAUGUUGUGUGUGUACUGUAUAGAAUGAAUAAAAUCUCAUAUAAUUCUGUA